GGGCUAAAAAUAGUGUUAACAUUUGCAUGCAAAUAUUUUUACCCUGCUUUUUGGUAACAUUUCUAGCAGGCUGGAUAGCUUGGGCAGCUUGGACAUUAUUGAAGGAGGCAAAAUUUAAAGAUUUAAAAUAUGGAUCCAUACCUUUUACUAUAAUAGUAAUUGUAUGGGGAGUAUUAAAAUCAAUUAUUUCUGUUGUGAAACCAGUGAGCACACAGAUGAUGGGGUAUAUUAACUCACCAGAUCAUACAGCUCAUCUUGGCUAUCAACAACAAGUCAUAUCAGACAUCAAUUUUUUGAAAGGGGAACUUGGAAAAAACCCUCACUGGUUUUUUUAUUUCAUUGUUGGUGAAUGGUGUUGGAAUUGGUUGGGCCUGUAUCCGGACAAUGUUGAAAACACACGUUUUUCAAAAUUUAAGCCAGCCUCUGAGGAUCAACUUCGAAUGAUAGCAUUUGUUGAUGAUCUAGAUAGAUGCGAUGAAAAAGUUAUAAUACAGGUUUUAUCUGCUAUAAAUCUAGUACUGGCUGAAUGCAAGAUCAAUGUGAUUUUGGGGAUCGAUAAAAAAAUGAUUCAAAGAGCAGUUGAGACACAUUUUGAAGAUAAUGAUGAUAGAGAUUUAGCAGAUAAAUUUAUUUGUAAAAUUAUUCAAAUUCCUUUGAGUUUACCAGAUCUUGUAGUUGAAGAAUCAGAUAAGUUCUUACAACGUCAUUUAGGACAUCCACCCCCUACAAAAACUAUAAUAAGAGUGGACGAUGAAGACACAGAUUAUGGUGAAAUUGAUACAGAUAAUGAUGAUACAAGUCAAAGGCAAGAAAGCACAUCAGUUGAAAUUGAUUCUUCUAACAGACUACAAACAGGUAAUCAAGAUGACAUAAAAAAAUCUAAUAAAAGCCUAGGGAAGGAAAGCCAUGUGGUAGAAAUUAAUUUUUGUAAAAGACUACAAACAAGUUGUCAAGGCAUUAUUCAAAAAGUGUCUCAUUGGUUGGCUUGCUUAUUUCAAAGUUUCUUUUUGCUUGCUUGCAACUUAACAAGUGAAAUACAAACAAUGCAAGAUGAGAUGAACAAAAGUGAAAUUCGUCCUUUGGCAUUUUCAAAAGGUGCACGAUUAACUAGGGAAAUGUUGCUAUCAAAAUAUAGCCCAAAAGAAGCUGAAACAUUACAUAAGUUUAAGGAAUUUGCCACUGGUACACAAAAACUUCCUCGUGAAUGGAAACGCUUCUUAGAUUACCGUAAAAUUGCAUGCAAUAUUCUUUCUAUGAGAGGAAAAGUUUAUAAGCUACCAAGUUGGAGGGUAGAAUUGGUGGCUUGGGUAUUUGUUUGUUGGCAAUGGAAGCAUGAGAUCAACACUCUCAUUAAGGGUUGGCACAAAUAUGCACAUGUGAAAGGAAAGGAUAAGAGGAAGAUUGUGGAAGCUGAAGAUGAAGAAAACAGGAAUUUGUUUGGACCUUCACUUAAACAAAUUGUUAAAAAUUAUGUUAUGGAGUUGAAUGAAUCACAAAAAAAAAUAGAUGGUGAAGUUUAUCUGGAUAGAUAUAGAGAUUCUAGAACAAUAGAGACACAAGGUGGUCUUAUGGAGUGAAAGGAGUGUUUAAGACAAGAUCCUUUUGCAAAAGAUAUUUUGUCUAUGCAUGAUUAUGACACUACAAUAGUUGAAGAAAGACAAAACCAAUAUUUCAAUUGGUUAAAAUUAUUGACGGCAUUGCAUGAAGUACAAGAUGUUUCAAUGAAAGGAAUUCAAUUGUUUAAAGAAUUUCGCCUUCAUUGUGAAAUAGACAAUCUUCCAUGGCCUUUGCCAGAAUCAAGUGCCACAAUGUAUAACAAAUUGAUGCUAGAAAUGUAAAUGCCACAAUAUAUAAUAGAUUGAUGCUAGAAAUGCAAAUAUUGAUCGAUU